UCCCCCCCUCCCAUCCUCUCUAACCCCCCCCUUCCUCCCGCCCACACAGAAUUCGGUGAGCCGGGCAACCCAGGACCGACGACCACAUCACGCCCCCGACCACGCCCCCGCCCGCCGUUGCCCCGCCCCCCGCACGUCGGACCUGCCACAGAGCCGCCCCACGAUGCCCAUGACUCCGCCCCUGCCACGCCCACGGGAGGGUUCAAGGCGACCGCGCUGGCAGGGUCUGUGGGCGGCGUCCUCGGUGUCGUCUUGCUGCUGCUGGUCGUGUAUAUGGUCGUGCUCAGGAGGAAGCUGAACAAGGCGAAGCUGGCCCGCGGCGAUUCCGAGUACAGGCUGCGCGUGGAGGACGUGGCUCACCUGACGCACCUGGACGAGACGAGCAACACCUACGUGAACACGACCGACCUGCAGAAGCUGGUGUCGUCGGUGCGCGCCAAGAAGAAGGCCGAGGAGAAGCUGCCUCUACCCCCGCGCUUGCAGCAGCAGGCGCCGCCUCUGGUGAGGAAGCCGACGUCGCCCUCCGUCAGCGCCCGCUCCUCGGCGUCCUCGGCGGGCCAGGCGGACAACGACGCCUUCAGGGGCGACGUGGACGUGGUGACCCUGCGGCCGCCGAUGCCGCUGCCGCACCCCAAGCCGGACAUCCUGCAGGGCGUCCUCCCUCCCCGGACGGGCGCCCACGGAUCGGAGCCUGUGUCCGAGAUCAUCUACUCGAACGUCCACCCGCCCUCGCAGCCGACGCCGCAGUCGCCCGUCACGAAGGGCGCCCGGAUCGAGCCUCCGAAGAUAGCGCCUCCUCCGCCCCCGGCGAAAAAGCCGAAGCGGGAGGAGGCCGUCACCGUCUCCCCGGCGGUGGUGUCGGUGGGCGAGCCGGAGGAGAAGGACGCCCCGGUGUCCCCCACGGUGAUCGCCCGCCCGGCGCCGCCCCCGCCCGUGGCCAAGCCAACGGCGCCCGCGGGAUCUUCGCCCGCCAACACUACAGACCGAAACGCCGCCCAGAAGCCGACGCCUCCCGUGGCGCCCAAGCCUCAGAAGGCCGUCUCCUCGGAUGCCCCGACGCCCACGAGGACGCCGCCGCUCAAACCCACCCUUCCGAAGGCCGCAAAGCCCGGCGUGCUCAGCAAAGGGCGCGGCCUCCCGCCCCUGAAGAUGGCGCUGCUCCACUCGGACAGCAGGAGCUCCAUCGACAGCUGCGCCACGCCCGACACCAGCGUACUGAUGCUCACGCCCGACGUGGACGAAGAGCGGGGGUCGGCGUCCAUCAGCGCCAAGAUCGCCUUCCUGGAGGGGAAGAUGAAGUCCCCAGCGACGGUCCCCAGAGGAAUGCCUUCCAAGACCUGAGGAGCCCCUCGCUCAUCCCCUUCUUUUCGACCAAGACACAAAUCAGUAUUAAGCAUGGCUGUUGAGCGGGUACUACGUUUAGGAGAGUCUCUCGUGCGUCGCGAGGGGCGAUGGCCGGAGAGCUCGCAGUGAGGGCCUGGUUGGAAGAGCGUUGACUUCCGAGGGAGUGAGGACAGCGCAUCCCCUGACGUCACGUCCCGUCCAUAUGGGUUUCCCGGCUCUCCCUCAGUUGGCUGACUUCGCCCACUGCGCCUCAUGACUUAGGCCGAUGGUAUCCGUACAUGAUUUUUGUAAAUGACGUCCGUAAAUGUCAUCCUUAAAUGAUGCCUACAGAUGGUGUCCGUAAUUGGUCCUUAUUUGAUGUCAGUAAAUGAUGUCCGUAAAUGUCAACAGGACCCACGCAGGAAGCUGUAUGUAGUGAUAAGCUUUUGUCAUUAGAUUUAAGAUGUUCUUGUCUCAAGAAUUUUACGUAUCGUUGCCUUUAAAAAAAUGUUUUGUUUCUAUAUUAUACAGAAAACCCGACAUCAGGUGCAAUAUAUAUACUCUUUGUGAUGUUGGUAAAUACAUAUGUAUGUGCACAUAUGUUUACGUGUCUAUAUAUUUGUAAGUCUCUAUAUACUGAGAUAUAGAUAUGGUUAUAUAUAUUUGUGUGUGUGCUUGCGUGUGUGUGUGUUUGUCUAUGUGUGUGUGUAUGCACGCGUGCGUGUGUACGUGUGUGCGUGUAUGCGAACGUGUGCCACUUUGUGUGACAAUAUGUAUUAUAUUAAUAUAUGUAAAUAUGUAAGUGUAGGGUAUAUGAAUAUCUUAGUUUAGUAUUGAGUGAGAUCUGGUCUAAAGUUAAUUUAUUUUGUGAAAGAAGCAGAUCGCUAACUAUAAACAGUUAGUUACAUGUGAGAUAUUAGAGAUUGCCAAAAGGUGUCGUGGAAUGUGAUGAAAAACAAUGUAUGUGAAGGCAGAAAAAAAUGGAAAAUUGUUGGAAGCGGAAUACAGGAAUAAAAAAAGAAAAAAAGAAGGAAAAGUCAUGAAAGGAAGAGGCUAAUAAAGAAGAAUAACUAAAGAAACACCCAAGAAUUAUACGAAGACGACAGAUUAGUGAGAUAACGAGAGACACUUAGUAUAAACAAGGAAAGAAAAAUUGGUAACGCAUGAGAAAAAUGACAGGAGAGAAAAUCGUGGGUGAAGAUAGAGAGAGAGAGAAAAAAAAAAAAAAAAACUAAGAUGAUAACAAUAGAUAAAAGGAAAGACAAAUCCAGGACAUGGAUAGACAAACAGGAUAUGAAUACACGAAAGAAGAGACAAAAUUACAAAAUGACAAAAGUUACAAACAUUUAUGAUAUAACAUGACAAAAGUUAGACAUUUAUGACAAAAAACUGACAGAAGUUAAGGACAAAAAAUGACAGAUAUGACAAAGAUUUUAACCAAAAUCGAAAAAAAAAAAGACAAGGACGAUAAAGACAAACAAAUCAAACAAAGACAGGACUAAUAUUACAAUGAUUCACAGAAGCAGACGAAUAUGUAACAGUGGACCAGAAACACGUAAAAAAAUUGUAACGUGACGUCAAGGUUAUUGAACAUUUGGAAUGCUUUGGAAUGCAAAUAAAUCCUCUAAUAAGAGUCAUUUAGUUUUAGAACUUUUACACAGACAGACCCGUUUUUGAGUCAUAUACUAGAAUCUUUUACAUUUAAUUUCUUCUCGUUAUCCUAAAUGCUCACAGUAAACAAAUACAUAUAUAUAUUAUAUAUGUGUGUUCAUUUCAGUAGGCCAUAUGAUAUCAGGUAUAUCCCAGUAAGUAUAUUAUGAUUAUUAAAGAAAUAAUAAUAUGUUUAUUCUUCAGUAUAGCAAAAUUGGUAGGUAAUUUUAAGUUGCAUAAUCAAUGAAUCAAUGCCUUACUUGGGUUGUUGUAUGAUAAUCAUUGCUGUAUAUAUACAUGUCAUGUUCAUAGAUUUGUAUUUUUUUUUUUUAAAUACAUGGAUAGUGUCAUCAUUCAUUAAAUCAUGGAUCAUU